AUGGCCACCACAGUUUUGGGCGGUUGGAAAUUGGAGGUGUAUUUGACAAAGAAAAUAAUUUUAACAUUAAUUUCGUUAUUCCUGCUCUUAACAACUCGAACUUUAGCCCAGUUGCAAAGUGAACAACCGUUAGCGGUGCUGAAAGCCAGCGGAGAUGAUCUAAAAACUCCACUGAUUGUGCUUUUAAACCCCAUAGCUAAGCCAAAACGUGGGGAGUCAAUUGAAUCGGAAAAGGAAAAGGAGGCCACACUUAUACAAGAUUCUGCAACCAUUCCACUUGUAACGGACACAACAGCUUCAACAGAAAAGCCAACGAAAAAAACAGAACCUCUUCAGAAGCAGAAACCAGCUCGUAGCCAUGGACAAAAGAAAAAGCAUCCAAUGCAGGACUUAUUGCUGAUGCCAGGAAUGUGGGAGAGUUCCCCGAUUGCCCGUGGACCAAUAAAUACAGUGGCUACUCAACCAGUGUUCUAUCCCCUCCCAGUCUAUAUCCCAUAUCCCAUUCCCUUCAUGCUAAAUCAACAGAUGCAUCUGAUGAGCAAACCGUCCAGAGACAACGUGGAGGAUCAAAUAGCACUGGACUUCAAUGAGUUGAUGUCUGUAAAUCUACUUCGAAGCUCUCUCGAACAAUACAAUGGAGCUGAAUGGCAGAAGAUAAUGAAGAGUCAAAUGAAGCCACCUAACCAAGAUGGCCCAAAAAAGUGGAGGGGAAAAUGGCGAAAGACAACGACAAGUACAACUACUUCAGCAACUAAAGCUCCAGUAACAAGUAAAACUGAGCCAACAAGAUUACUAUUGAACAGCAGUCCCCCAAGUGGAAAUGAAGAAGUAACCAUCGAAACCACUGCCGACAAUGAGGCAAUUGAAGCAGCAAGUUAA